UCCAAUUUCUUUAAUCAACUACCAUUUUUGGCUAUUCUUUGGUCUUCGUUUCGUAUAAUUAAGCUUGGGCGUGGAAAGCAAGAAAAAAUUCUAAACUUUAUAUAAAAUUCCCAGAAUCGGAUUGAUCCAAAAAGAGUAUUGGCAAAAAAAAAAAUCAAGAAGAAGAAACUCUGUUUUUUUUUUGUUCUGGAAAAAAUGAGGAGCGUGAUGAUGGAGAGAGAGGGAAGGAAUGAGAUAGAGAGAGAAGUAAUAGAUGACUUGGAAGAGACGCAAAACGAAGCAGAUGAAUUCAAGUCAAUACCUCCAUGGAAGAGUCAAAUUACUGUCAGAGGAAUUGUUGCAAGUUUGAUCAUUGGUAUAAUCUACAGUGUGAUUGUGAUGAAACUUAACCUAACAACAGGUUUGGUCCCAAACCUAAAUGUCUCUGCAGCUCUUUUAGCCUUUGUCUUCCUUAGAAGCUGGACUAAGCUGUUGACCAAAGCUGGGAUUGUGACUAAACCGUUUACUAAACAAGAGAACACUGUUGUCCAAACAUGUGCUGUUGCUUGUUACAGCAUUUCAGUUGGAGGUGGCUUUGGUUCAUACCUUCUUGGUUUGAACAGAAAUACUUAUAUACAGGCAGGAGGAACUCAGACUGAUGGGAAUUAUCCAGGAAGCACGAAAGAGCCUGGAAUCGGUUGGAUGACCGGUUUCUUGUUCUUUACUUGCUUUGUUGGUCUUUUAGCAUUGGUUCCUCUAAGAAAGAUCAUGAUCAUAGACUACAAGCUGACAUAUCCAAGUGGAACAGCUACCGCGGUUUUGAUCAACGGUUUCCACACUCCUAAAGGCAAUAAAAUGGCCAAGAAACAAGUGUUUGGGUUUGUGAAGUACUUCUCAUUUAGCUUCAUUUGGGCUUUCUUCCAAUGGUUCUUCUCUGGUGGUACAGAGUGCGGAUUCAUUCAGUUUCCAACUUUCGGAUUAAAAGCUCGGUUGAACUCGUUCUACUUCGACUUUAGCAUGACAUACAUUGGAGCAGGAAUGAUCUGUCCCCACAUUGUCAACUUAUCUUUGCUUUUCGGCGCGGUUCUGUCUUGGGGAAUCAUGUGGCCACUAAUUAAAGGUCUUAAAGGAGAUUGGUUCCCAUCAACUCUUUCUGAAAAUAGCAUGAAGAGUCUCAAUGGUUACAAGGUGUUUAUAUCAAUCUCAUUGAUCCUCGGAGACGGGCUUUACCAAUUCAUCAAGAUACUUGUUAUCACAGGAAUAAACAUGUACGCAAAGUUAAAGGAUCGACACACCGGGAAAUCUAAUUCGGAGAAAGAUAAGCAAUCUAUUGCAGAUCUUAAAAGAGAUGAGAUCUUUGUAAGAGACAGCAUUCCAUUAUGGGUUGCAGCAGUCGGAUACGCAGCGUUCUCUGUUGUCUCGAUAAUCGCAAUCCCUAUAAUGUUCCCCGAGCUCAAAUGGUACUUCAUAGUCGUAGCUUACAUGUUAGCUCCAUCGUUAGGUUUCAGCAACGCUUAUGGAGCAGGACUUACAGACAUGAACAUGGCUUAUAACUAUGGUAAAGUUGCUCUGUUCAUCUUAGCCGCUAUGGCAGGGAAAGAAAACGGUGUAGUCGCGGGACUUGUCGGAUGCGGGUUGAUAAAAUCGAUUGUCUCGAUUUCUUCUGACCUAAUGCACGAUUUCAAGACAGGACAUUUGACUCUGACUUCACCAAGGUCGAUGCUUGUGAGCCAAGCAAUCGGUACAGCGAUUGGAUGUGUGGUGGCUCCUCUCACUUUCUUCUUGUUUUAUAAAGCUUUCGAUGUCGGAAACCAGGCGGGAGAGUAUAAAGCUCCUUACGCUUUGGUAUACAGAAACAUGGCUAUUCUUGGAGUUGAGGGUUUCUCUGCUUUGCCUCAACAUUGUCUCCAGCUUUGUUACGGGUUUUUCGCAUUCGCGGUGGUAGCGAAUCUCGUUAGGGAUUGGUCGCCGGAGAAGAUAGGGAAGUGGGUUCCAUUACCGAUGGCAAUGGCGGUUCCGUUUCUUGUCGGAGGGUACUUUGCUAUUGAUAUGUGUGUUGGGAGUUUGAUUGUCUUUGCGUGGAAUAUGAGAGAUCGGGUUAAAGCCGGUUUAAUGGUACCAGCGGUUGCUUCCGGUUUGAUAUGUGGAGAUGGUCUAUGGAUUUUGCCGUCGUCGGUUCUUGCUUUGGCCGGAGUUAAACCUCCGAUCUGUAUGAACUUCAUGCCGACUUUGGAGCUAUCGAAAUUUCUGAAUCUGAAAGUUUCAGUAGAGAUGGCUUCAGAUCGAAAAGUUUUAACUUUCGAAGAAGUUUCACAGCACAACAAAACAAAGGAUUGUUGGCUUAUUAUUUCCGGCAAGGUGUAUGAUGUGACUCCAUUCAUGGAUGAUCAUCCUGGAGGCGAUGAAGUCUUGUUGUCCUCAACAGGGAAAGAUGCUACGAAUGAUUUUGAAGACGUUGGUCACAGCGACACUGCUAGGGACAUGAUGGAUAAAUAUUUCAUUGGUGAGAUUGAUUCGUCUAGUGUUCCAGCAACAAGGACAUACGUUGCACCGCAGCAACCAGCGUACAACCAAGACAAGACACCGGAAUUCAUCAUCAAGAUUCUUCAGUUCCUUGUUCCGAUCUUGAUCUUGGGACUGGCUCUUGUUGUCCGUCACUAUACCAAGAAAGACUAGAAGCCAAAGGCUUGCUUUUGCUUGUCAUUGAAUAUCUCUACCGAUCUCUGUCUAUCUCUCUUGCUAAAAAAAUACUGUUACUGUUGUUUGGUCUUAGACUGAUUCUUGUUGAAAUUACGAACCAAAAAUAUUGUGUUGCUAGUUUCGUCGUCGCAUAGUUUUGCUUUGUUGAGUUUAUGAUGACAUGUUUUCGACUUUGAUGAUAUAAUAAAAGACUGCUUGUUUU